GCCUGGGGGUUGUGGAAGGUUUUUAUUUUUUGGUCGACAUGGCGGUGGCUCUGAACUUUUUGCUGGGCGGGCGUUUCCAUGCAGCGGCCGCUCGCUGUGGGUUUGCUACCAGGGGGUGGCGAUCCCGGGUUCUGUUGGUCGCGAGCCGGACCCUGAUUCCGACUGGGAGCCGGAGGAGCGGGAGCUGCAGGAGGUGGAGAGGUACCAACUGCUUCCCGGGCCCAGAGCCUGAAGCAGGGCCUCAGGCCUGGGCGCCCCAGACCGCACGCCCUUGGCGCCGGGCGCCCUGCAAUGGCUCUUAUUUCUCACCCGUUGUCAGGGGCUCAGGGGCAGGUGUUAACCCCUGUGGGACCGUGUUUCCCUUCACCAAGGACGUAUUUCAUCACCUGUUUAAAGAAUUUGGCAACAGCUUCUGGGCUGUUGUUGUCCUUAGAUUUCUGGGGCGGGUUCAGAGCAGGUCUAGGCUGGCAGACAUGGCCAGGUUGUCCUUGUGAAGAGAAGCAGGCUGGGCGCUCUGUGACUUAGCCCAAGGCUCUUAAACCACCCAUCUGGCUUCCACGCAUGGCUUGUGCCAUUGCUUCUCUCCCCCAGCUCCCUGAAACGACAGAAAAAAGCCAUCCGGUUCCACAAAAUUCGGAGGCAAAUGGAGGCGCCAGGUGCUCCGCACAGGACCCUGACGUGGGAAGCCAUGGAGCAUAUCCGGACUUGACGUUCCUGACCAAACAGGAGAUCCUCCUAGCCCACAGGCGGUUUUGUGAGCUGCUUCCUCAGGAGCACCGGAGUGUGGAGGAGUCACUGCGGGCACGAGUGUCCUUGGAGCAGAUCUUCAGCCUUCCAGAGCUCAAGGCCAACCCCUUCAAGGAGCGAAUCUGCAGGGUCUUCUCCACUUCCCCAACCAGAGACAGCCUGAGCUUUGAGGACUUCUUGGACCUCCUCAGUGUGUUCAGUGACACAGCCACCCCAGACAUCAAGUCCCACUAUGCCUUCCGCAUCUUUGACUUUGAUGAUGAUGGAACCUUGAACAGAGAAGACCUGAGCCAGCUUGUGAACUGCCUCACGGGAGAGGGUGAGGACACACGGCUCAGCACUUCAGAGAUGAAACAGCUCAUUGACAAUAUCCUGGAAGAGUCCGACAUUGAUAGGGAUGGGACCAUCAAUCUCUCCGAGUUCCAGCACGUCAUUUCCCGCUCACCGGACUUUGCCAGCUCCUUUAAGAUUGUCCUGUGACAGGAACCACAGCAUGUGUCCCAGCACCGUGUCGAAGAACCUUUCCACUGCUGAGCCGUGGCCAAGGUUACCUGUGUUGCCAGGGCCGGCCUAGCUGGCCCAGCCUGGAGCUGGCACUGCGCAGUCUUGCUCGGGGCAGGGGAGGGCCCUCCACGCCGGGGCCUCCCCCCUUCUCACUGUCAUUGUCAUCACUGUUUGUGUUUCUACUAAUCAGUAAUAAAGGUUUAGAAGUUUUGA